UGGUUGUCCACAAAUUUGAGCCUCAACAGUUACCUAUCUACCGUUAGUUUACGCUCAUUUGACUGGACCUUCUCUACUGGGAGCUCCGAGUGGGCUGGAAGCUUCCACAAGCCGGAAGAACACAGCCAGCGAGGAGGGGAUGGAGAUAGACUGCCAGCCUGAGGAAUCCAUAGUCUCUUCAUUUGAUGAGGACUGUGUUGAGCUCGGUGACGUCAAGGACAUGAGAUUGGAGGCAGAAGCAGUGGUCAAUGACGUACUUUUUGCCGUCGCUGAAAUGCACGUGUCACAAAGUCUCAACAGUGCGUCAGACGUGGCCUACAUAAACGUGGAAACAAGAGAGGGAAACCGGUAUUGUGUGGAACUCACAGAGGCAGGACUAAAGGUGGUGGGCUAUGCCUUCAAUCAAGUGGAUGAGGAUUUGAGCACCCAGUAUCAUGAGACUGUUUACUCGCUUCUGGACACGCUGAGUCCGGGUUACAGAGAAGCCUUUGGGAAUGCUUUGCUGCAGCGGCUGGAGAGGCUGAAGCAAAACGGACAAUAAAAAGAACCAACAUGCUGCAAAAGUUGUACAAGCGGAGUAGAAGUUGAUGAUGUGGGUGUUUGGAUAUGAGUCAAUAAUAACCAAGUCUGGUCAAAUAUUAUAGCCUGUUAUGUGAUGUCCACCUGCCUAGCUUCCACUAUAAUAAGGGGUAGCCUGCCCUAUCAACUUUGCUUUGUUCUGACUUUCAUAUCAGUGAAUGACUUCAUGUUAGUUACUUAAGUUUAGUGACUGCUAGGGGUUGGCUGUAUGGAGUCUGUUGCAACAUUGUAUUGUUGACUUUACUGUGGAAAGAUCUUCCAGCUUCCGCAUUACAAAUUUCCAACUGUGCACAUUGUUUGAGAAAUCUGCACCUUUUGUAUUCAUCAAAAUGACCUGCGAAAGAAGCAGCACGUUAUAUUCAGCAGGUGUCUCAGUGAAAGAGCCAAAUGCUAUAUUCUUUCAGCGUAACUCAUACUGCCUUAAUGACUGACUUUUGGUUAGAAAAGUACAAGUAACUUUUGUAUUGACAGAUAUAAAAAGCUAUUUUGUGGCACUGUCAUUUCACAUGGAUCACUAGGUCAGCAACAAUUGGAAAUUAUUUGAAAGGUUGUGUGUCAAACUAAGCUGGAACUGUAUUCAAUACCAAUCAAGUUAAUUGUGUUUGAAUAUUACUUGGGGGUUUUUCCACCAUACUGCACAGUGCAUUGCAACUCAAGCUUGCAUUUCAAACAUGAUGUAAAUAAGCUAUCCUGAGUUUAAAAAAAAAAAAAAAGUGGUUUUGUCGUCAAACCCCCCCCAGAAUGCACAGCAUUUGUUGAACUUCUAGAGCUGCUCUAAAAUGCUGAUUUAUUGUACAUGUGACCUGGUUAUGAGCAGACAUCGGUUCCCUUUGCAUUCAUACUGUUUCUUUGCUGCUGGCCUUUGCUCAGCCCAAUAAAUUCUCAGAAUUAUG